AUAUUGUGAGCGGCUUUUCAAACGAUUGCGCUUCCGUUAAAACUGUGGCAUCUACAUGUUUAUGCUCAGGAUUAUUUGCCAAUUUAUAAUUCAGCCCAACAAACAUUUAAAAUCCAAAGUACACGUUAUCCUACUGUGACUUUGUAAAAUAGAGUGAAGUUUAAGAAAAACAGUGAGACUGACUUUGGGGGAAUUUCAUCGCAUCUAGGAAAAUUUUGGGGGUUUUGUGACAUUCCCCCAAAUUUUUCUGUAGCGGUUUCCCCAAAAUAGAGAGAUUGGGUUAUAGACAACCUUUAAAGGUUUUAGCUCAAUGGAGCGACAAUAAAGCGACUUUAAAAUAGCUCACCUACCUAAUAUGGCCUAAAAUGACUAUAGGUCAGUGCAAGGAAUUAGGAUUGGAAGUCAGGGUUUCCAUCACGAACUGGCAACAGUGGAGGUGUUAAAAUCCUAUUCAACUAAAGUCCAAGAACUGCCGUCUUAAACCUCAUUGGUCUUCCCGUGAAUUGUAGUCUAUCCUGAAGAACGUCUGAAUUCUGAAGCUCUCAAAAAGUCACUACGACAUACGGCUGAUAGUUAGCUACGGUACUUGGGUAAAACAGUUAAAUGUCGUUUUCGACUCAAUAAGUUAAUCAGCUCAAUGAAAUUAGGUUCCACUGCUGGUUUUAUCCAUUAGUCUAAUUACUUCGUCCUGAGUGCCCAUAGUCGACGUCCAGACAAAAUCUAAUUGUAAUUGACUUUAGCUCAUCUUUUUAAAGGCUGUAAUGAGGAAAAGUAAUAUAUCAAACAUUCUCCUGACCUAGUAACACUUCAAUUUAUGUACCCUGCUUAUUAUCAUGGACAAUCUCACAAAACUCCGAAUGACGCUUUUUUAAAGGCAGUUUCACUUGUGUGAUUAACGUAAGAUUUGGCGAUCUGUCUUCCUUUUUGUACCGUAUUAUUCAUGGCCUAGAUCUCUUUUCAAGAAUACUGAUGGAGAGGGUUUUUUUUUCGUAACCACUUUUAGCUUGCUCAUCUCACUACAGGUAUUCGUGGAUUAUUCAUGUUUUUAUAUUGUUCAGACAGGAGAAUGCGUCUUUUUGGUAGUCACUUACGCAAUCAUAUUAAGAAGUGACUGAAGUAAAGUUAAUGUAUGUGUGAGCAAAAUUUACCGAAUCCACUAUUUGUUGACAAAUAUGAUAGUUUAAUAGCUUCUCAAUUAUACCUAUCUUCAAUUGAAAAUCACUGUACUGAGCUUGCUAUUAUCGCUUUAAAAAGUGUGUUAAUUUAGAGAAUCAGUAGUAAAAUAAAAACCACACAACAAUCAUCAUUUCCGGGUUUAUAAAACAACAGAAUAAGCGAGAAAUAAGUUGAAAUAUUUCAUGAAUUCGGACUAAGCCAAAUGAACCUAAACACCAUAUUCACAUUCAUUAUGGCUCAUCCUAUAUAACAUGUGUAUUGCGUCAAAACGAGUGUUCCUAGUUUUUCAGUGUUUUUCCACUUUAAGAACCUUGUUGUCAGUCGUUUCACUAAGUUCUAUUUCUUACUAGUACUGCUGCUUUUAAACGUCUGAGAGCCUUUAUUUAUCCCAAUUAGUCCUUGGCCAAACGUCAAUGACCAACAAAAAAUUUCGGUAAAGUCAUGAGUUCCAUUCGGGUCAUUCCUUUGGGCGCUGGGCAAGAUGUUGGUAGAAGUUGCAUUCUUGUCACUUUGGGUGGCAAAAAUAUUAUGUUCGACUGCGGAAUGCACAUGGGCUAUAACGACGAUAGGAAAUUUCCUGACUUCACUUACAUUACCGACAAAGGGGGUCUCAAUGAUUACCUGGAUUGUGUGAUUAUUAGUCAUUUCCAUCUCGAUCACUGUGGAGCUCUUCCCUAUAUGACCGAAGUAAUAGGCUACGAUGGUCCAAUCUAUAUGACUCAUCCUACCAAGGCAAUUUGCCCAAUACUUUUGGAAGAUUAUCGUAAAAUCAAUGUUGAGAGAAGAGGAGAUCAAAACUUUUUCACUUCUGAUAUGAUAUAUCGGUGUAUGACGAAAGUUAGGUGUGUGUAUAUACAUCAAACAGUCAAAGUAGAUGAUGAUCUCGAAAUACAGGCAUUUUAUGCUGGUCACGUUCUGGGAGCAGCAAUGUUUCUUGUACGUGUAGGAACAAAUUCUGUCCUGUAUACCGGCGAUUACAACAUGACACCUGAUAGACAUCUUGGUGCAGCUUGGGUUUCUCGUUGCCGUCCAGAUCUUCUCAUUACGGAAAGCACUUACGCAACCACGAUACGAGAUUCAAAACGUACAAGAGAACGGGAAUUUUUGGAAAAGAUUCAUGCUCGCGUUGAGGCUGGGGGUAAAGUAAUUGUUUCUUUAUUUGCGACAUCGAUAGGUAUUAAUCCCUGUCUUUGCCUUAGGUCGAGCUCAAGAACUUUGUAUAUUGCUUGAAACAUAUUGGGAAAGAAUGAAUAUUUCCGUCCCAAUAUACUUCUCCAUGGGAAUGGCGGAAAAAGCUAAUGAGUAUUACAAGUUAUUUAUCUCAUGGACAAAUCAAAAAAUCAAGGAGACAUUUGUAAAACGAAAUAUGUUUGACUUUAAACAUAUAAAGCCUCUUGGGCAAGGAACAGUCGAUAAUCCAGGACCAAUGGUAGUCUUUGCCACACCAGGUAUGCUUCACGCUGGACAAUCCUUGCAUAUAUUUCGUAAAUGGGCUUCAGAUGAAAGAAAUAUGGUUGUAAUUCCAGGAUAUUGUGUUGCUGGAACUGUGGGUUAUAAGAUUUUAAAUGGAGUCAGGCGUCUUGAAUUCGAUAAACAAGUUUUAGAAGUCAAAAUGUCAGUUGAAUACUUAUCGUUCUCAGCUCAUGCAGAUGCUCGUGGUAUUAUGCAGUUGAUAUCUCAUUGUCAGCCUAAACAUGUGAUGCUGGUACAUGGAGAAGCAAUUAAGAUGGAUUUUUUAAAAUCAAAAAUUGAACAAGAGUUUGGAUUACCCUGUUCGAAACCUGCUAAUGGAGAGAUUGUACAUGUAGAAACGGAACAACAAUUCAUUGUAGAAGCUUCAAGAGAAUUUCUUAAUCAGUCGUAUUGUAUGUAUUUUUGUAGUAAAAUUUUACAUCAUUUAAGAUAACCACUAAGACAUGAGAAGUUUACUAACUAGUUAUCUCUCUUUGCCUAUCUGCCAAGUAGUAACUAAGUGCAUAUUUAUGUAAGUGAAAUAAUGUAUUUUAUGUACAAUAGUUCAUCUUUUACCUGAUAUCUCUAGAUCUAGUUUACUUAAUUUCUAAUAUUAUACAGCUAAAUGUUUUGUAGAUUUUAAUAGGGAUGAUUAAUUUACGAAAAUUAUCCGUCUGCAUACAUAUUUUAGAAAGAAUUGGUUCGCUUAACAGACUUCACCUAAACAGUUGAACUGCCUCUUCUCUAAAAAUAUAACUAAAAUUUUAUCACUUAUAAAGUGUCAAGCUUUAAAUAAAACAAUCUACAGCGAAUUGCCGUAGUACUUCUCACUUUUUUUAUUGUUUCCAUUAGAUCCAUAUAAGAUUGAUAUUACAAUCAGCUUUUAGGUUCGUUCACCCUAAAACAAUAAAUCCCAGCUGUAUUCGUAUUUCUAGUAUCCGUUAUCAUCACGCAAACUGUUGCAUUAAAAUAUUAUUUUCCAUGAUUGAGAAUAAUAUUAGGAUCCUUAAUUUUUUAGAUUCGGAUGAUCCAAAUGAGCCACUGAUUAAACGUCCUCGAUCUAUUCAGGGCGGAAUUCAAAUUGAGCCUGAUGAAACCCCUAAACUACUUGAUCGUGCCUCAGUUUUGGCUUCUUUAAGUUUGAAAGAGCAUGUAAUGCGAUUUACUUCGACGUAUGCAUUUUCUUCCUCUUCGAAUCUCACCACGAUUUUAGAUAAAUUUAUCAAACUAUGUUCAAAAUUACCCAUCGAUCCACCAAAAUUAGUACGUAACCAAAUUAUAUUCAACGAUUCAGUGGUUGUAUCAGUUUGUGAUCCUAUGUUGGAUGAAUUCGAUGAUGAAACUCGUGAAAGAUCAACAGCUCUACGUCGUACAGCUAACUUGCAAUCAAAGGAAUUCGUAUGUCAUGUAACCUAUAAUUUACAGAAUGAAAGUUUAGGAGAGCAACUUAUCAAAAUGUUUAAAAAACAAAUUGUUAAUGUUUAAGAUCUUUAAGAAUAUUGUACAAAGUACUUCAUUAUUAUUGAAUAGUGAUUCUAAUGAAUUACAUCUUUAUCCAAUUAAAAAUAUAAACUUUAAAACGAAA